AUGGCUGAUACGGAGAUCGUUCCAUUUGAAAACCAGACAAUAGACACGCCUUAUCCCGACUCACCCAUUCCGGUGCAUGAAGAAAACAAUUUUGCCUAUGAUGGAGGAAGGAAACUAGCCGCCCAGAACGUGCUGGCGCCCGAGUCCAGCAAGCCCCAGCAAAGGAGCGAGGCUUGGGAAGAAAACAAUCCGACUCCUCCAAUUACCGUCCCCUAUUCAGAAGAACACCCUGAUCAUGAAGAGUUCGCAGACGAUUCGUGCUAUGCGCAUCCAUCGCCCCUGGGAGAGUUUUCUCGAAAGAGACGCCCGUCCAUCAGCUUCAACCCUGAAGUCACUCUUGAUUGUGGAACUCAUCUUGCCUUGGAUGAGCCCCUAAGAAACCUGCGGCUGGAAGAGCAGGCGAUUGUGGAAUCUCCAUGCAGUGGCGAUAGUGGUGAAUCCGGAGAAGAUCAAACGGAGAGCCAUCACGAUUACCAUGGGGCCAGGCCGUUAUUUCCUCGAGGUUUCUCUCAGCAAGAGUAUCUGUCCCCGGGUUCGGAUAAUUUCUCUGUUGACACAGAGUUGCCUCGUGCUUCCUCUUUGACAUCGCUGUCCACCGCUUCUCCAAUCACUGAUGAAUUGCGAACGCCGCCGGACGGCCGACGAGAUGUUUUUCUGCCCACCCUGCCCUCGUCCCCUCUUUAUCAGCCACAUUCCUUGGAUGGUGCAGAAGGCUGGUUUGGACGACAUGGCCUCGAUGGCAAACCGCGAAGCUACUCUGGUAGGAACGGUAGCCUCAGGCUGCGUCAUGGCUCCCGCAGAUCGACAAACUCAGGAGGCAAAUCCCCUGCAAGUGCAUUCUUAUCGAUGUUCGGCCGCGAAGCAUCCGCCCCAAAGCCGGAUGACGAGGGACAACUGGUGGGAACCGAUUACGUGCUUGGCAAAACUAUUGGAUAUGGAGGGUUCAGCACCGUCAAAGAGGCUUUCAAAGUGAAAGACGAUGGCAAGACAGAACGUUUCGCGGUGAAGAUCGUGAAGAAGAAUCUUGCCGGACAAUCUGAAAGACAAAAUGAACAAUUCCAAGCUGAAUUCGACCACGAAGUACGAGUCUGGAGGUACCUAAAUCACUUCAACGUCCUCCCACUCGAUGCAGUCUACGAAACUGAUUACGCUACCUUUUGUUUCACCAGAAUGACCAAUGGCGGAACAUUGUUUGACCUGGUCAAAAGACAUCACCGUGAGGGCCUGCGGAUGGAUCAAGCGAAGCAUUACGCCUAUCAGCUGGCAUCAGCAAUAAGAUAUUUGCAUGAAGAUGCCCGUGUGGUCCACCGGGAUGUCAAGCUUGAGAACUGCCUCCUUCAAUUCGAAGACCCCAACGACAAGGAAGCUCUUGGCAAGCUGUAUCUCUGUGACUUUGGCAUGUCCGAGUGGAUGAUGACAGACAACGGUGCCAAUGCCCCCGCUCCCUAUGACGAUGCUGCUGAUCGACCACCGCCAAAAAAGUUUGGGCCGUCAAACAUGAGUACGAGCAUUGCAGGAGGUGUUGCAGGCAGCCUUGAAUACGCCGCACCCGAAUUGAUCCAUUCUAAGGAAGGUGUCCUAGAGCCAGCAGUGGACAUGUGGGCUUUUGGAGUCAUAGUUUUCGCUCUUGUGGUGGGCUCUCGACCCUUUGACCACAUUUUCCAACCCAAGGCGCAAGCAAACAUUGUCAAUGGUCGAUGGGACCGGCGUGCUGUAUUCAAGGGUGAAACCGAUUUGGGGCAACGACGCGAUGCGCUAGCUUUGAUACAGGGUUGCCUUGAAUUGGACCCUAUCAAACGCUGGACAAUCGCAGAUGUCUUGGAAUGCCGGUGGUUUGACGACUGCGUUGGGAAAAUUGAAGAGCAUAUCCAUCCCCAAUGGAAAUACUAA